GACACACGUGGGGAUGUGACGCCAGCAGACGGGACAGGAUCUCAGGCCCGAUGGAUCCCCCGCGCUCCCAGCUGGAGCCCGGUCCCUGCCCCGGUUCCCAGCCGGGGGGCGGAGGCCGGCGGCUCCCCCGGGGCUCCCCGGACCAGCCGCUGCCGGAGCCCCGCGGGCGGCAGGACAUGGAUCGGCCUGCCCUGGGCGAGGAGGGGAGCGGCCUGGCACAGGAGCUGGUGGUCGCUGCGGCUGGCUACCAGGCGCCGGUGGGGUUCGAGGAGGUGGCCGUGUAUUUCUCCCAGGAGGAGUGGGGCCUCCUGGACGAAGGGCAGAGGCAGCUCUACAGGGACGUCAUGCAGGAGAACUACCAGACUCUCAUCUCGCUGGGAUUCCCCGUCCCUGACCUGGCCGUGAUCUCCUGGAUGGAGCGAGGGGAAGAGCCGAGGGUCCUGGAUCUCCAGGGCUCCCAGGAAAGGGAGAUCCCAAUAGGCGCCCACAUAGCAGGUGCCGGGAUAGAGAAGGAGAAUUUCCAGCAGGAAGGGCCUGCGGGAGCGGAGCCGAAUGGGACGUCCCAGAGCCCUGAGAGGGGAGAUGGCAGCAGAACAGGACGACAGCGGGCAGAGAAGGAGCCAGGGCGCAGGCGCAGGAGGGCAGGACCCAUCAGCUGCGGGGAUUGUGGGAAAAGCUUCACAAAGAACUCGGAGUUAAUCAAACACCAGCGCACGCACACGGGUGAGAGGCCCUACCAGUGCCCUGAUUGCGGGAGGUGCUUCGCCAUCCGCUCCAGCUUGGAUCGCCACCAGCGGGUGCACACCGGCGAGCGGCCCUUCCCCUGCACCCGCUGCGGGAAAAGCUUCAAGCUUAGCUCGGCCCUGAGCCGGCACCGGCGCGUCCAUGCUCAGGAGGGGCCCUGUUUCUGCGCUGAAUGCGGCAGGGGCUUCAGGCACAGUGCUGCACUGACCCAGCACCAGACUGAGCACUUGAACCAUGGAGACCCCACCAAUGGACCUGUGGGGACACGGGUCUACAAGGACCCCUUCGUCCAGGCACAGGACCUCGAGGGGGAGGCUGGUGGGAUGUGGUAUACUGAGCCUGUGAAAGAGGAGAGUGGGUGAUGGGAUCUGCACUUGGGUUGUGGGUCUGGGGAGUGAGAAGAGAGCAGCUAUAACGAAUACAGGGACUGAACCUGUGAUCUCUUGAUCCAACAUCUGGAGCUGGGCUGUGAGGCAGUGUGGUCUAGUGCAGUGGUUCUCAACCAGGGGUAAACGUAUCCUUGGGGGUACGCAGAUGUCAUCCAGGGGAUACAUCAGCUCAUCUAGAUAUUUGCCUAGUUUUACAGCAGGCUACAUAAAAAGCACUAGCGAAGUCAGUAAAAGUAAAAUUUCAUACAGAAUGAGAAAAUGAGCAGUUUUUCAGUACUAGUGUGCUGUGACAUAUUUGUAUUUUUAUGUCUGAUUUUGUAAGCAAGUCAUUUUUAAGUGGAGGUGAAACUUGGCAGUACGCAAGACAAGCCAGAAAAGGGUCCAGUAGUCUGGGAAGGUUGAGAAGCACUGGUCUAGUGGACAGAGCACUACAUUAGGACUUUUGGGUUCUCUUCCUGGCUCAGCCUCUGGCUUGCUGGGUGGUCUUAGGCAAGUCACGGCCACCUCUGUGCCUCAGUUUCCCCAUCUGCAAAAUGGGGACAAUGAUACUGUAAAGUUAUUUGAGAUCUUCUAAUGGAAAUCACUAGAUAAGAGCCAGGCAUAAUUAUAAUGGCUGAAAAAAUUUCAUUUAAACUUUAUUUUGAUGAAAUAUUGGAUUUUUGAUUAAAUGAAGUUUUUCCAUGAAAA